AGAAACCUGAGCAGUGCCAGGACUGAGUUACUGAGCUGUUCCAUCCGGAGAAUCAAAGCUUUCAGCGCAGCAAGUCAUUACACUUCUGCAAAGGGGGGGGGGGGGAAACUGCGUUUCAUUUCUCCUGCAAGCCCCUGUGAUCUUCUGUGAGAAAGAAGGACCAGCACUGUUGCAUUCUUCCCAAUUCCUGUGGGUUUUUAUUUUUCUUGCAGCUGAACCCAGUUUUCCCCUUCUUCUUGGACCAUGUUGAGCGCUGGGCUGCUAUUAAGCUUCUGCUUCAUUGCAGUGAGCGGCAGAGUGAUGAGGCAUGUUUGUCCCGAGGUCUGCGACACUUCCAGAUGCCCCCCGACUCCGGUGAAUUGCUCCGAGGGCCAGGUAAAGGACUCGUGUGGUUGCUGCACUUUAUGCGCCGCGGCUGAGGGUGAAAGCUGCGGGGGUCGGGAUGACAUGCAUGGUGUCUGUGCAGAAGGCUUCCAGUGCAGCUACUCCGCUGGCAAACGCAAGAAGGGCAUCUGCAGCUGCAUGCACAGCGAUCAAGUGUGUGGGAGUGAUGGGCAAACAUACAAGAACAUCUGCAAUCUAAAGGCUUUGAGCCGCAAGCAUCAGUCCUCAAACGCGCUUCCUGUAAUCCUGAUCCAGAAGGGAGCAUGUAAUGCAGGUCACCAGCACCCGGACAGCAUGCGAUUCAAGUUUAACUUCAUCGCAGACGUGGUGGAGAAAAUUGCUCCUGCUGUGGUUCAUCUUGAACUUUUUCGGAGGAUGCCCUUCACUAAUCGUGAAGUCCCUGUGGCAAGUGGCUCAGGGUUCAUCGUAUCAGAAGAUGGUCUAAUUGUCACCAAUGCUCAUGUACUCAGCAAUAAGCAGAAAAUAAAAGUGGAGCUGAAGAAUGGAGAAGCUUAUGAAGCAAAGGUCAAAGAUGUUGACCAGAAGUCAGAUAUAGCAUUAAUUAAAAUACACCCAAAAAACCCUCUACCUGUGCUUUUGCUUGCUCGCUCUUCAGAUCUCAGACCAGGAGAGUUUGUGGUGGCAAUUGGCAGUCCAUUUUCGCUGCAGAAUACAGUGACGACAGGGAUUGUCAGCACCACAGAGAGAGGAGGCAAGGAGCUCGGCCUGAAAGAUUCUGAUAUGGACUACAUUCAGACAGAUGCCAUAAUCAACUAUGGAAACUCAGGAGGACCACUUGUCAAUCUGGAUGGUGAAGUCAUUGGCAUUAACACACUUAAAGUGACAGCUGGGAUAUCUUUUGCAAUCCCUGCAAAAAGAAUUCAGCAGUUCCUUGCAGAAUCGCAUGACCGCCAGCUAAAAGAAAACUCUUCACCUAAGAAGAAGUAUAUGGGAAUAAGAAUGGUAGCGCUGACACCGAGUCUCUUACAUGACCUGAAAAUGCGUGACAAAGAUUUUCCAGAUGUUUCUGCUGGGGUUUAUAUAUUUGAAGUCAUUCCAGCAACACCUGCUGCAAGUGCUGGUUUAAAAGACCGUGAUAUCAUUAUCAGCAUCAAUGGACAAACAAUCACUUCUUCAGAACAAGUGAGCGAAGCAAUUAAAAACAACGACACUCUGGCCCUUGUUGUGCGCCGUGGAAACGAAGACUUGAUGAUCACUGUAAUACCUGAUAUCAUUGAUUAGAAGAAAAGCUUUUUUUAAAAAAAAGUUUAUUGCAGACCAUUGUAAUCAGAUUUAAAUGCUGUUACUUGAAUAUUUUGUUCACCAGUAGUCUCUUAAAAAGCUUCAGUGUCAAAUGUUGCGGUUAAGGGCUUUGUAGGUAUAAAUAAAAAAGAUGAAUUACAUUUUCACAUCUUU